UUCCAAGCUCACCCAUCCCCCCCUCCUCGCUCUCUCUCUCUCUCCUCAUCCCUUUCAUUAUAUAUAAAGCAACUCCAAAUCCCAACCCCAACCUCUUCUUCAACCUCUCUCAUCCUACCCCCCUUUCUUCUUCUUCUUCUUCUUCUUCUUCUUCAACCUCUCAUCCUAAGCUGUUCCAGCUUCGUUACUCACUUUCACACACCCACCCACCCACAAAAAUAUAGAUAUAUAUAUAUACAGAGAGAAAGAGGGAGGGAGGGAGAGAGAGAGAAAGGAGGAGAGAGAAGAUGAAAGGAGAAUAUGUAGAGGAAAAGGAUCACCUAAACAUGUUUGCGAAGCUCCACCAGACCCAGAAGUUCCAACAACAACAACAACCUCUCCAUCAUCACCCCCACCUCACCCCCCACCAUCACCACUUCCAACUCGGCCGAGAAUCACAAACGUCCGAUGAACCCGACAGCCCCACCACCGCCACCGCUUCCAAAAAAGAACCCAACAGCGACGGCGCUACCAUCGAGGUCCACCGCCGCCCCAGAGGCCGCCCACCCGGCUCCAAAAACAAACCCAAACAACCCCUCCUCCUCACCCGCGACCCCGAACCCUCCAUGGCCCCUUACAUUCUCGAAAUCCCCCUCGGCGUUGAUCUCAUCGACUCCCUCAAUCGCUUCUGUCGAAAGCGAAACAUGGGGAUUUGUGUUCUCACCGCUUCGGGGACCGUCGCGAAUGUCAGUCUCCGCCAACCCAUGACGCCAAACCCUGCUGCUACGGUCACGUUUCAUGGCCGUUUCGAUGUACUCUCGCUCUCGGCCACGAUUUUACCCGCUUCGACGUUGUUUGUGCCGAAGGGGUUCGCGAUUUCGUUGGCGGGUCCGCAGGGUCAGAUCGUGGGAGGGACGGUGGUGGGGGAUCUGGUGGCGGCGUCGACGGUUUAUGUGGUGGCGGCGUCGUUUAACAACCCGUCGUUUCAUCGGUUGCCAGCGGAGGAGGAUGAUGUGAGGAAUGAUGGGUCUGCUGGUGGUGGUGGUGAGAACGAGGGACAGUCGCCCACAGCUGUUUCCGGGGGCGGAGAUAGCGGGCAUCCGCCGUCUGCGGCGGCGGAGUCAUGUGGGAUGCCUAUGUAUAGCUGCCACUUACCUUCUGAUGUGAUAUGGACAUCCAGUGCUAGACAACAAUCAUCUCCACACUACGGAUGAGUUUGGUUGAUCCUCUCUCUCUCUCUCUCUCAUAAUUCUGUGAAUUUUUUUGGAGUUCAUUAUUGUGUUGAAUUUUCUCAUGUUUAAGCUUGGUGUUGGGUAUUUAGAUUUAGAUUUUCUUUCUAGUGAAGGAAACUAAAGAGUAGUGUAGCUCGUCUGUAACAAUUUACUUUCAUGUUUAAUGGUUGGGUUUCUCAAUCCAAAAUCAAUUUUCAUAUA